GUUAUGUAAUCGUACUUUGACCCUCCUCGCUCCCACUAGCAUGCACAAAACAAGGUGGGAUCGGAAGUGUUAUGGAAAGAGGCAAAAUAAAGAAAAAACACAAAGGCAUAUAUUCGGGCGGUGGGGACCGGGAGGGAAGGGAGAAACACAUCAACAUGGCACAGCCAGAAAAGCAUUACAAGGUGUUUUUCCUAGCAGUGAUUGCUUUGCUGGUUGCCAUUUGCGUGGCAGAAAUCCCCUCAUGCCACCCCCGGCAUAAGACUGCAGUAGUAAAGAUGGACGAGGCCUCUCUCACUGUGAACAAUGAGCUGGACGCUGAGAUGGUUGUGAGCUGGCUAUCAGACCACUGCUAUCAGUGUGUGUACCAGCCCCUGGGUGUGGUGCCAGCGGGCCUUGGACCAGGCUUACCCAGCUCAGUGGACUUCACCGUGGGCACACAGCAUGGCAUCACCCUGCAGCUCAACAGCAGCCUGGAACUCUGCACGGUUCAUUACCACUUUUGGGAGCAUGGUAACUACUCUCUGUGGGUCAAGAACCUGAAUGACUCGUCAGUGGUCAACUGUUCUAUGAUCACUGACACAGAAACGGUCAACAGCUACCUGCCCAUCAUGGUGGCCUUUCUGUUGUUCACGGGACUGGCUAUACUGUCUGCUAUUGGAGCUACUGUCAUGGGGCUGGAUGUGGUGAAGAAUCUGAUGUUCCGACUGGGCAACUCCAUGGAAACUGAGAGGCUCAUCAACUCAGACCUGGGGUUUCCAUGCAGGGCGGUGGAGACGGCCACAGACACCAUCCUCCCCACCCCCGCCACCCCCAGCCGGAGGCUCCGAUCCCUGGACACUUUCAGAGGGCUGUCCCUGGUCAUCAUGGUGUUUGUGAACUACGGAGGAGGGAGGUACUGGUUCUUCAGACACGAGAGCUGGAACGGACUCACAGUUGCUGAUUUGGUCUUUCCCUGGUUUGUGUUCAUCAUGGGCACAUCUAUAUCCCUGUCUGUCAGCUCAGCCCUGCGGUGCGGUUUGUCACGUUUCUCUCUGUUCACCAAGGCAGUUUGGAGGAGUGUUCAGCUCUUCCUCAUAGGACUCCUCAUCAUCAACCCCAACUACUGCCAGGGACCACUAUCAUGGGACUCCCUGCGUAUCCCUGGCGUGCUUCAGCGUCUGGCCUUCUCCUAUCUCGUGGUGGUCUGUCUGGACCUCUGUGUGGCCUGGAACAGCCUGGACAACCUUCCUGUGGAUGCUUGGUGGUACUCUGCUCGUGAGUUCCUGCUCUACUGGCCAGCCUGGCUGUGUGUGGUCGUCUUGGAAACCGUGUGGCUCUGUCUCACCUUCCUGCUCCCUGUUCCUGACUGCCCAAGUGGUUAUUUGGGCCCAGGUGGUAUUGGGGACAUGGGCCAGUACCCAAACUGCACUGGGGGAGCAGCAGGAUAUGUAGACCGUUGGCUACUGGGAGAGAACCACAUCUACCAAACACCUUCCUCGCGGGUGAUCUACAAGUCUCACCUGCCCUUUGAUCCAGAGGGAGUCCUUGGCAGCAUCAACUCUGUCCUCAUGGCUUUCCUGGGACUACAGGCAGGAAAGAUUCUCCUCCACUAUAAGGACCAGCAUUCCAGUAUAAUGGCCCGUUUCCUCAUAUGGAGCCUGGUUCUGGGAAUCAUUUCAGCUGUUCUGACCAAAUGUUCACCAAAUGAAGGCUUCAUCCCCAUCAACAAGAAUCUAUGGUCUCUCUCCUACGUGACCACCUUGGCAUGUUUCGCCUUGCUGCUCCUGGUGUUGAUCUACUACACCGUAGAUGUGAAGAGGUGGUGGUCUGGGGCGCCCUUCUACUACCCCGGUAUGAACUCCAUCCUGGUGUACGUGGGCCACGAGGUCCUGGAGCAGUACUUCCCGUUCCGCUGGCGCAUGGCCGACAGCCAAUCCCACGCAGAGCACCUGACCCAGAACCUAUUGGCCACUUCCUGCUGGGUCCUCAUCUCCUUCCUGCUGUAUAGGAAGAACAUAUUCUGGAAGAUCUAGAGGGCCGGGACGCGUUUCAAUAGUCUUUCUUCAAGGCCUCUAAAGAUUUAGGGGGAAGGUCUGACGGGUCCGGGCUGCGUCUCAUAAGUAUUUUCCCAAGUCUUUCUGAAGGAUCUACGCUCCUCAAUUCCUUGUGUCCUUCAACCAACGAUCCACUCACUGGGAGAUGUCGAGCUGGGCCGUAUCUCAAUAGUCUUUCAUCAAUUCCUUGUGUCCUUUAACCAACGAUCCACUCACUGGGAGAUGUCGAGCUGGGCCGUAUCUCAAUAGUCUUUCAUCAAUUCCUUGUGUCCUUUAACCAACGAUCCACUCACUGGGAUAUGUCAAGCUGGGGCGUAUCUCAAUAGUCUCCUCAAUUCCUUGUGUCCUUCAACCAACGAUCCACUCACGGCCCAGCUCGACAUCUCCCAGUAUCUCAAUAGUCUCCUCAAUUCCUUGUGUCCUUUAACCAACGAUCCACUCACUGGGAUAUGUCAAGCUGGGGCGUAUCUCAAUAGUCUCCUCAAUUCCUUGUGUCCUUCAACCAACGAUCCACUCACUGGGAGAUGUCGAGCUGGGCCAUAUCUCAAUAGUCUCCUCAAUUCCUUGUGUCCUUUAACCAACGAUCCACUCACGGCCCAGCUCGACAUCUCCCAGUAUCUCAAUAGUCUCCUCAAUUCCUUGUGUCCUUUAACCAACGAUCCACUCACUGGGAGAUGUCGAGCUGGGCCGUAUCUCAAUAGUCUCCUCAAUUCCUUGUGUCCUUUAACCAACGAUCCACUCACUGGGAGAUGUCGAGCUGGGCCGUAUCUCAAUAGUCUCAAUUCCUUGUGUCCUUUAACCAACGAUCCACUCACUGGGAGAUGUCGAGCUGGGCUGUAUCUCAAUAGUCUCCUCAAUUCCUUGUGUCCUUUAACCAACGAUCCACUCACUGAGAGAUGUCGAGCUGGGCCGUAUCUCAAUAGUCUCCUCAAUUCCUUGUGUCCUUUAACCAACGAUCCACUCACUGGGAGACGUCGAGCUGGGCCGUAUCUCAAUAGUCUCCUCAAUUCCUUGUGUCCUUUAACCAACGAUCCACUCACUGGGAGAUGUCGAGCUGGGCCGUAUCUCAAUAGUCUUUCAUCAAUUCCUUGUAUCCUUUCUCCAGCUUCCUUUUUAAAAAAGGGAAUAGUGUAAAGCGUUUCCUCUCCUCGUUUCCUUUCCUCGUGUGCUCUCCUUGCUUGACGCUGAUGUUUUUGAGAAGGGAACAUAAUCACUCAGGAAGAGGCUGGUCUGGGAUUGUAUACAAGAGACACGGAAACUCUAGAAACCACAACAACCAUUUUUCUGCUCAUCAAAUCAAAUGUUACUAGUCACAUACGCCGAAUACAACAGGCGUCGACCUUACCGUGAAAUGCCGAAUACAACAGGCAUGGACCUUACCGUGAAAUGCUGAAUACAACAGGUGUGGACCUUACCGUGAAAUGUUUACUUACGAGCCCAUAACCAAAAAUACAGUUCAAGAAAGUAGAGUUGAUGGAAACAAUGCUACAGGCUCUGGUCUACGCUACACUGUAACUACGGACACACAGGUCAGAGGUCACUGGGAUGUAUGUGACAUACAUGUGGGAUCAAAUUGGACUUCACAAAAAAAAAAAAAAAUGGAGUGUACAGCCAAACCGGUGUGGAAUAGUGUACCAUAGAUAAUACAGAUGUGUUGAUUCUCGUUUGUGCAUGUACGAGCACCUGCUUUCUUGGGACUGAAACAACCAAUGCCAGACAGUUGAAAUAACUUGUACUAAUUAAUGACAUUGUCUUUUUGUAUUUGUAUUUUUAUUGCCAAAGUCAUCGAGGAAAUGAACGAUGGCUGAACCAACCGCAAACCUAUCUGUAUGUGUACAUUUCAUGGGUCAUUCCACAAAUUCAGUGCCUUUUUCAGAAGUGUAAAAAAAAAAUGAAAAAAAAAAGUUUGAUUUCACCUCAUUUUAAUAUUGUCAUAAAGAGCACAUAUUAUAGUUUGGGGCGGCAGGGUAGCCUAGUGGUUAGAGCGUUGGACUAGUAACCGGAAGGUUGCGAGUUCAAACCCCCGAGCUGACAAGGUACAAAUCUGUCGUUCUGCCCCUGAACAGGCAGUUAACCCACUGUUCCUAGGCCGUCAUUGAAAAUGAGAAUUUGUUCUUAAAACUGACUUGCCUGGUUAAAUAAAGGUAAAAAAAAAAAAAAAAUAUUCAACUUCAUCGCGUGUUUUCCCCAUCUCAAGAGUACUACAGUAGGUGCCUAUUCAAUGUCAACUAACAGGGUUGAUGAUCUCAUCUGUAAAUCUGCCAUAAAUCCCAUUGUGACGGCAGAAGGAAAGCUUGUGUGCAACAGGGAGUGGCAAUUUUUUUAAAUGCAAGAAUCACCCCCCCCCCCAAAAAAAAUGUUUAAUUGUUAAAACAUUUCUAGCCUGUCUUGUCUAUGGGUAACAGGGUUGACUUGUGAUGCUCGACACGCUCAGUUUUCCACCACAAAAUGCCAGAAAAUGGCCGUAAAAAACUAAAACCAGCUCACCUGAUUUUACACUAUGUGCCUAUGUUCAAUGUCUCUUUGAAAAAAAUUUUUUGAAAAAAAAAGAAAGUAAUUUUGCCCUAUUAAAAUGAGACUUCAGUUCACGUAACAGGGGUUGACUUUAAAAUGAGGGACCGUUAAUUUAAUCCCUAAAUAAUCUUUAGAAAUGACCUUUUUAUCAAAAUAACAAAAAAUAACUAGGGCUUUACAAUGAUGGUGAAAACCUGGGAGACAUUUUUUGGGGGUUUUAAGUCGGUUGAAAUCUUCCUAGAAGAUGUCGCAGUGGGUGCAAAGGGGGGACAUGUCAAAAUGCAGGAUUAUGUAACAAGUCUUUAUUCAUGUAAAAAGUCUAAUAUUGUAGAAAUAACUUAAUCAGAAGGUGGGGGGCGGGGCGCCACGCAUUUAGUUUGUUUUGCCCAUAAAAAAAUCAGAUUGAUUGAAUUUUCCAUGUGGUUUAUAUUAAAAGGGAACUUCAUUUAAUAUAACAGGCUUUUUUUCUUUUUUUUAACUUAAAAUAUAAACGGGAUGCAAAAGGACCUUAUUUCGUGGAAUGACCCUCCAUAUGAACAUACAAGCAUUGUGUUAAACUUGUUUUUUUUCUUCUGUAGAGUUUUAAGUCCCAAAUAGCACCUUAUUCUCUUUUUAUAGUGCACUACUUUUAACCAGAGCCAUGUGGGUCCUGGUCAGAAAGGAGUGCACUACAAAGGGUACCAUUUAGGACUUUCUUUUAGGUAAUUGUACUGUAUGAUAUGUAAAUGAGCACACAGAAUGGCAGGGCACAACUAUUCAUGCAACACUGAUUGAUUGAUUUAUACCAAAUUCAGACUGUUAACUUCUGUUACUGAAUCCUUUGCCCAAGUACUAGUAUUUGUGUUUUUUAAUGGUGCGGUUAAUGAAUUAAACUGUAAAAAAUGAACAUAUAUUUACAUAUCGACCUUAAGCUCAUGCAAAUAAUGUGAUAUGUGUACUUUUUCAUCAUUGUGAAUAAAUUGUAUCGAUAUCUUUUAAA